AUGUUUCUCAAUGGAUUGUAUACUGAUGGCUACACGUACAGAGUUCUAUUUGCUAGAAAAGUGCUUCCAUCAUCACCAGAAGACAAUAUCUGUCUAGAGUUGAACGAUUUUACAAGCGAAGAGGUGGACAGGUAUUUCCGUCCAUGUACUGUAGACCCAGGAAGACGGGAUCCUUUUGUCUCUUAUCAUGGUGACCACUGACAUAUGUCACUUAUCCUCAAUCGAAUAUUACAAUAUGGGUGGAAGUGUAAGACGAAUGAAAGAGCAACAGAAGCGCAAACAGAGAUUAGGUUUUGAAAAGAUUGAAACAGACAUUCUUUCGCCUAAAACUGCGUCUGUUUAACAAUUUGUUUUGUACAUAACUUACAUGCUGCAGCACAUGAAUACUUUGCUUACUUUCUAUGGCUUUGAAACUUCUAAGAUUAAAUGGUUGAACUACCUUAGUUCCCAAAAAGCCAUCCAAGAAAGUGUCAACAUCUUAAUAAAUGGUGUAAAGAAGUAUAAUAAAAGCAGGAGAAAGAAGACAAAGGAAAAUAGAAAAAGAAGAAGUAAAACUCGCAAGCCCGGUACUGCUCAAGAAGAAAGAGCACUCACUACCAUCCCAAAAUCAAAAAGAAACAACAAAGUUUGUUUUGAAAAGGGAAACAGCAGCAAGAUGCCUCUAGUGGUCUUUGGUGAGGGACUAAAAAACAAGGAUCAUAUCAAGUUCAAAGGUCUCCGUCAUGCCGUAUCUAACAAAAUAUAUCAACAAUUAAAAAACAAGGCAAAGGCUUGAAGAACUCUUGCUACUAGACAUCAACGAAUUUAAUACAUCAAAGGUCAUUAAGAAAAAAACAACAUAUAGUUUACAUAUUGCACUUUCA